AUGCCUUGCCUGGGAGAACUUGCUGACCUUCUGGCUUCAGUGCUUCCAGCCAGUGUUGAGCUAAUUGUCCGUCACGUCUCCUCCACACCAGCCCCUUCGCAAGACCUUUUCGCUGCUGCACCUGGACAUGACCCGGAACCGACCUUUUGCGAGAACCAUUUCCUGUCGGUCUCCAUUGAGUCACAACAGCAUGAAGGUGCAGAGAUUAUCAUCUUUGGUAUGGAGGUCCUGGUGUUCAAUACGGCCCACCUCACGACGAUCUUUGUCUCCAAGGCCGACUCCACCGGCCUGCUUCAUCUCUUAGACAUGAAAGAGAGGGUUUCUGUGUUAAGGUUGAUUACUAGCACCUUCUUGUCGUUCCUGGUCAAAUCUCAUCUCAGACCAGGAGUGCGGCUUGUAGUGUCACUUUUUGCUCGGGCUCAAGAUCAAUAUCUAUUUCCUGGCAGCAUUGAUAACGCCGAGAAACACGUCCUCGACGAUCGCGGCUUGAUCAAAUGGUGGUGCCGUGCGCUAGAUCCUAUCAUCCGGGAACACGGAGCUGAGUCAGUGUCUGAAGGGUCGCAAGUCAAAGUCUCCGCUGAAGCAGCUAAAGCCUCCGCAACAGCGUAUCUGAUUGUGCCGGGAUGCGACCGCUUCGAAACGCGCAGCUUCUUUCCAGUGUCGGCCAGGUCCGACCCUACGAAUCAGCCGCGAUGGCUCGCCAGCUAUCCUCUCCAGCAACUAUGUCGCGAUCCAGCCGCGCCACCACGCUGUCUUGUACCGCGGUUCCCUGAUGAUCCAAAGACACGUUUUUUGAUAGACCUUGAUGAUGAGCUGCCGGAGUCUGAAGACGGUGAAGCUCCAUCAUCCGGCUCUGGGCAUUGGAAGAGCGUCAAAUCCAUUGACCAAUUCUGGGAAUUGAUGGCGUUCCGGCAAGAGUGCUCAGCGGGCCGGCUGGUCGGUUUUCUUUGGCUGGUUGUCAACCCUCCGGGUCUCUUGAACACUACAACAAUGGCCAGUCGAGCCGGACAGGGGCCAAGUGUGAGCCAAGACGCCAAGAGCAAGCAUGUCGAUGACAACGGAGUGUCUGCUGAGAACGCGUCUCUGGAGAGUGACCAUGGAACGCAUGUUGCGCACGGUACAAAACCGCCAACAAACAAAGCUGAGGACAGCGCCGAAAAUAGCCUCGAUAGAGAAGUCCCUCAUGCUACCACCGCCGUGCUGCCGGAGAAGGCCACGCUUUCGUCAUCCACAGGGAAGGUCCCCUUCCAUUGGCCUGAAUCUGGUCGUGGAGAGGUCGUGCUGCAGGAAGCAGAUUACAAGAAAAUGAUGGAUGGGGUACUGGAUCAAUUCUAUGAUUUCGGUGAGGUCGCCGCAAGCACUCAGUUUUACAUUGACCAAGUGGCCUCACUUGCAGAUCAAUUGACCUGGGGCAAACGAAUCACGGGAACGUGUAGUCCACAAGAUGCUAGCCAGAAAUUCGAGGUCGCGAACAAUCUCCUUAGUGGCGACUUGCUACGCAAGAGGAAGAAGCCAUCGCAAGCGAAGGAUGAAAAGGACAUCGAUCAGGCGGCAGUUACAGAAAAGCAAGAGUCCAAAGUGGCCAGCUCGACAGCCGAGCAGCCAGCUGCUGUGAAUGUCCUCGGCGCUGGUCUGAUACGGAAGAAAAAGAAGACAUAA